UAUCCACCUCUAGUAAAAGAAAACAAAAAAUGAAAUAAAAUAAAAUAAUAAUAAAAAUUAUAGCGACGAGCCAAAACCCAACCCAAAAGUUCACCGUCUUUCGUCUCGGAUUCCAACUACCACUGACCAACACCAACUGAGCCACCUCCGCUCCGAUUUAGGGUUCCCCCCAAAUCCCUUAUUCUCCACCCUCGAUUUCGAUCGCUUCUCUAAAUCAUGUUCUGCUUCUGCGAUUAUCAUUGAUCCCACACCUUCCAUUUUCCUAAUCAAUCCUUUCCAUUUCACGCUCCAGAUUCAUGUCUGAUGGCUUCCACUUCUUCAGGUCUGACAUUUGAAGGUGGCACAGGCUGGAGUACAUGGGUAUGAACUAUUUUCGGGCAUAUCAGGAGUUAUUGUGGGGCUUACUUAUGUAAAAUCUCGAUGGUACCAGAGGGAUAGUGGAGCUAUGGAUUGUUUUCAGGCUGUUAGUCAUUUCAGGAGUCUAUUGCACAAUUGGUUAUUAUUAUUUUUCAUCUGGUUAUCGAGUUUCCAGGAUGCAGUGGCAUUGCAGACACUGGUUGAGCAAACUCACUUUUCUUUCUUGUCACAGCCAGCUAAGCAACCUAUCAGUGGCUACUUCGAUCCAAUUGAAAUAUCACCAGCCGUUCUUCCACACAAUCCAUUUCCUCAUGAAUCCUUGCCUCCAAUGUACCCGACCUUUCCAACCAGAUAUGACCCUGUCUUGACCGGAAAAUGUCCUGUAAAUUUUUCUGCCAUAUCUAGCAUCAUGGACAAAACAGCAUCUGAUUGCUCCCAACCUUUGGCAGCGCUUGUAGGGAACGUGAUUUGUUGUCCCCAACUUAACAGUUUAGUCCAUAUCUUCCAAGGUUUCCAUAGCAUCACCUCCGGUAAGUUGGUAUUCCAAAAUUCAAGUGCUAAUGACUGCUUUAAAGAUAUUAUUAGUAUCUUGGAAAGCAGAGGUGCAAACGGUACUAUUCCCAUGCUUUGCUCCGUGAAAUCAUCAAAUCUCACUGGAGGAUCUUGCCCUGUAAAGGAUGUUGUUUCAUUUGAAAAGUUAGUUAAUACAAGCAAAUUGCUAGAGGCUUGCAGCAGUGUGGAUCGGUAAGUUGAGUGUUGCAGGCCAAUUUGUCAGCCUGCAGUUAUGGAAGCUGCACUUCAGAUAUCUGGAAAACAAAUGACAAUCAAUGAGAACAAAAAUGUAGCCGGAGAGUUUACACAUAUUGAUUCCCUUAAUGAUUGUAAAGGUGUGGUUUAUGCGUACCUUUCAAGCAAACUCUCAAUGGAUGAGGCAGAUGCCUCAUUUCGUAUUUUAUCUUCCUGCAAAGUUAACAAAGUCUGUCCCUUAGAUUUUAAGCAGCCAUCGGAAGUAAUUAAAGCAUGUCGCAAUGUUGCUGCGCCCAGUCCUUUGUGUUGUAGCUCAUUAAAUGCUUACAUUGCCGGAAUACAAAAGCAAAUGUUGAUUACAAAUAAGCAGGCUAUAAUCUGUGCAACAGUGUUUGGAUCCAUGUUACGCAAAGGAGGGGUCAUAACUAAUGUUUUCGAGCUUUGUGAUGUUGACUUGAAAGAUUUUAGCAUCCAAGCAUAUGGACAGCAAGGUUGUCUCCUUCGAAGCCUGCCUACAGAUGUGAUACUUGACAAUGUCACGGGCUUCAGCUUUACAUGCGACUUGAGUGACAAUAUUGCAGCACCAUGGCCUUCGUCAUCCUCAGUUUCAUCGAUUUCCCUUUGUGCGCCUGAGAUGUCAUUGCCUGCACUACCAACAUCGGAGACUUUUAAAAACACUGGAUGUGGUAGUGGUGGGCUGGAAUUGCUACUUCCCAUUUUUUCAUUUUUUAUUUUCAGUGCAUUUUUGUACUGAAAAGAUUUUAUUAGCUGAGGGGUUGUUGGGCUGUUUUAGUUGGGGCUUUUGGGAAUUGACGUUUUAGUGUGGAUUUUGCAUGUAUAUUUUGCUUAGCCUUAUCCUUGUAUAGUAGUUUUCCUCUCUUUCAUUUUUUUCCCCUUUCAUUUCUUGCCAUUCUACUCUACUCUACUCUCUCGUUGAAUAAUGCCAGUCAAAGUGACUAUGUUAAGAGAAAAAAACAAAAAAACAAAAAACAAAAAAAAAAAAGCAAACAAACAAACAAAGAAUCCUAUAAAGAAAACGAGACUGUUUAUUGUCAACACUCUUGUCGCAUAUUGUCAUCGAAGUAUGACUAUUUGUGAAGAACAAAGCGUAAAGAAUCCAAGAAAAAG